AUGAACGCGCUGAACGCGAUUCCGGCCUCUACUCCUCUGGGCUGGCGACUCGCACUCUUCCACCGACAUUCUUCCGCGUACACCCUUCUCCUCCACGCCCACUUCCUGAACAUCACAACUAUUAUCUCUACCGAGCGCAUCAAACAGAAACUCCUCUACGUGCGAGCGAUCUUCCCGACCCAGGAAGACAAUCGCCACCGCCACCGCUGCAAGGACUACUUCCCCCGCCACCAGAAACCCCGGCCCCUUUCAGCGCGGGAGCGGCGCGCCCACAUCGAGGUCUUUGGGGUGCCGACCUCGCAGGAGAAUGCCAGAAACAAGUUCAAGGUCCAGAACAAGAAUUAG